GGCGUUCCCCGCAUCCAAACUAAAAAAACCCAGCUCUCUCCACAACGCACGUCCGGGGGCCUCAACAGCACGAAGGGAAUCCACCCCCCGCCGACCCCUCACGACACCCAAGGUGCCGCAACCAUCGAGAUCAUCCACACAUGGCCAGCGGCGAGGACCGAGGCGCCACCACGCGAGCGGGGGGGAGCCGCCGCCGCUGUCCGAGCCGGGGACCCCGCAACGCAGCCACGCUGCUCGGGGUCAGAGGCCGUGGCCUGGGCCCCGUGGAGCCCCGUGCCCUCAACAUGAAGCUGUUGAGGGAGCUGCUCUGCCAGGAAUCCACGGUCUUUAAAAAGAUGGGCACAAUCCACUCCACAACUCCAAUUGCGUAUGAAGAAGGGAGGAUAUACACUGAAAAUUACAAGCACUGUUAUACCAGCAACGGAGUUGUGCCUAAGCUGCUGUACCAAUUGCCCAAGUGCCCAGCUGCAGAGAAGAUGGAAGAUGCCCUGCUCUGUGAGAGCCCUGUGUGCAACGUUCUGCCCAAGGCUUCCGAUUACUUUCCGUCUCUCAUGGCUCUCAGGGCAGAUGGCUGGCUUCUCAGGCUGGAUGCCAACACCAGCCAGUUGCUGGAGAAAGUCUACCUUUCUCCUGUCAUCAAGUUCAGACAUUUAUCGUGGAGCUCUAAUCAAGAGGUGUUUGCUGUUAAAUCCAUCCAGAACAAGCUCUUGCCUAAACUGGGGCAGAAGAACAGCCCCAUUCAACCCCCUUUGCUGCACAUGGCUGUUUUCACCGCGUUCCCUCUCAGCCUGGUGGGCAUGUUGGCUGUCGAGCGCAAGAUCUUUGAGAACAACAUCUCGGAUGCCACAGUCUCCCAGGGAUUCCUGAUAACGAUGCACAGUGACGGUCACGUCAAGCUUUUUAACUUGGAAGAGAUUGUCAAAAAGUACCGUUUGAAAGAUCUGUCUCUGGGCCAGGCGUGUGAGUGGAACAAGACUUGUGGUGUGGUUGGAGCCAAGCCCUUCGGCAUUCCAUGCAACAUUGACAUUAAAGCUUGUCCGACCGUGCUGUUUACUGUAAAGUGCCUGGAGAACCAGCUACACAUAGGAGGCUUCCCGUGGCACUACAUCAUCUCACUCAACCAACGCAAACAGAAAGGGAAAUUCCGAGUAUUUUCGCUGGCAAACGAGAGCCCAUCACUGAACAGUGUCCUGGACAUGCAGAGUGUUGCCCUGGAAUCAGACUGGAUACUCUUUCAUCCAGACGACUCCGGGCGAAUCCUGCACGUAGGACCCCGGCAGAUUGAUGUGCUGUGCAUCAAGACGAAUGAGCUGGCGCAGGGUCCGCGUCACCAGAUCGAGAAACAGUUCACCAUUGACACCAAAGAAGACGAUCAGAACGAACCUGAAGUUUUCGUCACGUCGUCGGGUCGAGUUGUCAAGAAACGCUUCCGGCGGUUUGAUGACGAUCCAGAGAGAGAGACAGUCCACGUGGUAGACCACAGGGAGGAGGUGGAUCUGCUGGUGGUGACGUGCGUGAGACCCGGCGACGCUGGAAGCAUUGUAACCGUCAAGUUCCAUGAUAACUACAACGGGCGGCUCAUCAAAAGUGUGCCACUGAGCGAGCCCUGGGAUGUGACAUACGACCAGUCACUUUGCCUACAUGCGGACACCAUUGUGCAAAUCACGCAGAACCACAACCGCUCCUACUCUUGCCAUGUCCACAAGAUGUUCAACACUGAGGUAUUGGAGGAAGAGGAGAGGGAAAGGAAGGAGAGGGAAGGAAGGAAAAGGAAGAAGAGCACAAGAGAAAGAAAGGAACCAAGACCAUAAGCACUGCUAUGGAACACUUCUGCGGUUUUCUUGUGUGCCCUCUAAUUUUUUUUUUAAGGAACCUGCCAUUUUCAUGAAUUAAAGGUCAAUGAAAUUCAACAAUGCGAUAAAAUUACUAUCGUGUUUUUUUUUACUGGUAAAAGCGUAAGAUUGGAAAAUGCAAACGGAUAACAAAUUACACCCGCGUUUGGUUCAAAUUCUCAUCUUGGUGGCAUUCGUUGGCAACUAUCACAAAUAACAGUCAAUUGCCAACUUAGUGAAUCUUCUUUUCCGGCAGAAAAAUAACAAGCCAUGGCAUUUACUUUUGCAUAAUAAGUCAAGUGCCAGUAAGGUACCACCUUGAUGCGAGUCAGAACCACCAUUUAUUAACACAGAUGGAUUGUAAAUAUGUUGUAUUGAGCAGCAAUUGUUAUGCUCCAAGGUAUUUGAUAUACUGGAAAGUGGCAUGAAAAUUGCACUGGAUUUAAAUUGUUUUGUCAAAUUAAAACAAUAAAAAAAUUCAAAGAAUAAAGCUGAAAA